AUGGACAGAACCUGGGAGUCCCUGCAGCACAUCAUCGCCCAGGCUCUUCCUCACCGAGACCCUGCCCUGGCCUUUAAGGACUUGAAUGUCGUAGCAAUAUUGCAGGAGUUCUGGGAGAGCAAGCAGAAGCAGAAAGCCGCAUUUCCGAGCGAAGGCACCGUGGUGUAUGAGUCGCUGAGCUCCCUGGGCCCUCCGUUCGUGAGUUAUGUCACCCUGCCAGGGGGGAGCUGUUUUGGGAACUUUCAGAGCUGCCUAAGCAGAGCAGAAGCAAGGCGAGAUGCUGCAAAAGUGGCUUUGAUCAACUCUCUCUUCAAUGAAUUGCCUUGUCGCAGGAUCACAAAGGAAUUCAUCAUGGAAAGUGUUCAGGAGGCCGUUUCCUCAACCAGUGGUAACUUAAGGGAUGCUGAUGACCCAAGCACUAGUAUUGGAGCCUAUCACUACAUGCUGGAGUCAAAUAUUGGAAAAACAAUGCUGGAAUUUCAGGAGCUGAUGAUCAUCUUUCAGCUUUUGCAUUGGAAUGGUAGCCUUAAAGCCCUACGUGAAACGAAGUGCUCCCGGCAGGAAGUAAUUUCCUACUACUCCCAGUAUUCCUUAGAUGAAAGGAUGAGAAGUCACAUGGCCCUAGACUGGAUUAUGAAGGAGCAAGAAUCUCCAGGAAUUAUUUCUCAAGAGCUGCAAGUGGCACUCAGAGAACUGGAGGAAGCCAGAAAAGCUGGGCAGGAGUUGAGGUUUUACAAAGAAAAGAAAGAAAUAUUGAGCUUAGCGCUGAGCCAGAUCUAUAGCGAUCAAGUUACCUCUUCCUCACAGGAUGAUCAAAUGAGCUUAGCCCUGCGUGGCUACCACUAA